CAUCCUUUUAGGUUUUGUAGACGCCGGCUAAGAUGGUUUUACUCCACAAGACUUUCUUGUCAUUAUUUUCAGUCUAUUUUCUCAAUUUGUUCUUGACAGAUGGAGCUCCAGUCAGUUAUGAGAACAGCCCAGGCGUAGGUGAUUUGCCACCAAAGGCUCAUACAAGGAAGGUUCAACCUGACAGCAAAAGAAUCGGUGCAAUGGUAGGUAAUACAGUUGCCGAACCAGAGAAGCCAACCCACACGUCCAGGAUCAAGGGAAGUGGCAUCGGUGGUAAAAAAGUGACACUCAAUAGCCGCCCUUUCAUUCCAACACAUUCUUCAAACAAGCGAAAUCAGCAAAUCAUUGACCGAAUUCAAUCAAGUUUUAAAGCAAGAUUAUUUUAAAGCCUCAAGAUGAGCCAAAACUUCAAUUCUGGAGACUUCAUGCUUAUCAAUUUUCUGAAAAUAUAGACCAACCUUCGCUCCCAAUCUUGCAAGUUCGUGUACUCUCACCAAUUGUCUUUCUCCGUGGCUGAAAUUUACCCCCAUCAAUCUCUUUAUACUGCAUUUCGGCGUACAUUACAGCAUGGCUGAAAAUC